UUUCUCUAUAUCACUUCUGAUCCAAGUAUACUUUCACAGUAUCAUAGUGACCUAGAUUGCCCUUUACCACUAUGCCGUUUCAUGGCUCCUGCCUUUGUGGAGAGAUCGCCUUUCAGGUGGAUAACGACCCAAUGGUGAUAAGUUGCUGCCACUGUUCCAACUGCAAAAAGUACACAGGGACGGCCUUCUCCACGAAUGUCAUUUUCCCGGGCGGAGCUUUGACGUUCAUCAAAGGAGAAAACUUGCUGAGCACUUAUAAAGACGCUGCACAAGACUCGGGCAAUGCAAUUAAGCGCGUUUUCUGCAGUAAAUGUGGCUCCCCACUCUACAACGAAGGCGGAGACGAUGCCAAAAUAGUUUCUGUAUUCUACAGCGCGUUGAUUGACUUUGAAACCCGGGAUGAGAAAAAUAGGACACCAGAGCUCGAGUUCUACACGAAGGAUAGGCUUGAAUGGGUACACACUGUCAAAGGUGCUGAACAAUCUGAAACUAUACCAGGAAGAGAUAUGUUGCGAAAGAUAGGUUUAUCGUAACGGUCAAACAUAAAUAACUACCGAAUCUCUACUCACUGACCUUGUGUCCAAUGCCAGCCUAUGCCAACCGUGCUGUUUUUCGCAAUCCAUUGGCGUUAUUGCAGCAGAGCAGAGUGUACGAAUGGGUAUACAUAAUAAUACAAUUUCUUGUGCUUAUCAGAACCUAAUCAAUGCGGAUGGCACAGAACUUGC